UGUCUUUAUUUAAAAAUACGUUAAAAAUAAGGACAUUUUUCCACUUUUGAAAUUUAAAUGAUUAUCAUUAGUAUUUAAUUCAAUCAAAUUUAAUUAAAUUAUGCACUUAAUUAAAAAAAACUAAAUUAAUGCUGGCCUUGACCACACAAAAAACGACCAAAUCUAGUGAGUAAGUAAACAUAACCUCAACCGUCAAAACCAAUUUUUAUAUGGAUUUUUACCUUUUACCAUGCAUGUGCAAGAGCUUUCGUUCGGGAAAAUCGGUUCUCGAAAACCAGCGCUUGACGUCUCAGUAGACUGCAUCUUUUAUUACUAUUUGUCCAAGGAACUCCAAAUUAGCGCCUUCUAUAGGGUUAGGUUUUGUAAAACUCAAAAACGUCGCUCAUUUAGGUUUAUUUUACUACCAACGCGCUGUGAUACCAUUGAUUAUAAAUGGAACGACCGUGUGGUUGAAAUGGUGCGAGAGCGCUGUGAGCUGGAUCACGCUUUAUCCUGGUUGUCGACCCUCGGCGGUGCGUUCUCAGCACUUGGGGAUUAUUUCGCAAAUUGUGCCCUUAUAGCAGGAAAGAUCUCUGUGAAUCAGUUGAAAUUAGCGUUACGGUUAGGGGACCCCACUAUUGCUGCUAGGUGUAGGUUAUUUUUUAGUUUAAGUUUAAUUCAGCAGCAGAGGUUUAAACUAGCAAGAUAUAUAAUACAUGAAGAGUAUAAAAACGCGAAGAAGUCUGUGCUGGUGGAUGAAAGACUAGUUAAAAUGUGUAGGGGGAUCUGGUCUAAAUUACAAUACGAACACAGUAUACACAAAAGUCGAAAAAAAUCGCAAUUAUAGAUUUAUCGAUGAAUUAAAUUUUAUAAAUCUGGUAA